AGCUGAGUGACAGCCGCGCUGCCCAAUGGCAGCGGGGCGGGGGUGUUUAAACGGCGACAGCGGUUGCGGCCCGUAACGGAGCGGCGGGAGCGGCGCAGGAAGCGCGGCCGGGCCGGAGAAUCCACCCGGUUUGGUGGGAAUCAUGGAGGGGACAUCGGGCACCUGGCCGGGAGACAGCGAGGAGCUGGGGCGUCCCCGUGACGACCCCUACGCCGAUGCCUCCAUCGUUUUUGGGGCACAGUCAGACCUUCCAGUGCUUUCUGAGGAUCAGAGGGAAAAGAGGAAGUUGGUGAUGAAGAGGAAGGUGCUGAGGCACAGACCCGAUGGAAUGGUGGAGAUCUUUGAUGAGUCAGUGAACAAUGAACCAGGGUGCAGUGCUGAGCCCAAGUGCGGUGCCGAGCUGUGGAAUACGGGGCAUUCCAGGGUUUAUAUGGAGGAUACCAUCUCCGAGGGGGAAAUCAGCAGCGAGGACCUGGAGGAGUGCAUGCCCUGUGAUGAUGCGUGGUUCCUUGAGGACAGCCCCUGCUCUCUCCUUGAGGAUCUUGGGAGACGGAGCACGUCUCGUCACUCCGCUCGGGUGGGAUCGCCUACGUCCUACAUUCUUCCGCAGGUUGGCAGACGGAAGAAAACCGACCCAGUGGCCAAAUUCCACGGAUACAGACAAGACUGGGAGAGAUACAGCUUCCCGGGGGAAGAUCCACACGAUGAUCUGCGCUGGGCCAUGCGGAGGCAGAUGGCCCAGCCGGGAGAGCCGCGCCGGGCACCCAAGCGCCUCGUGCCCAACACGUACGUGGUGCCCACGACCAAGCAGCGCGACGCCCUGCGCUUCGGCGUGCGCCGGGACCUGGCCCAGUGCCUCAUGCCCCGCAAGGACGCCUCCUAGAGCCACAGCCCCCUCUCCAGCACCACUGCUUUCCCCUCCUCAACAUCCUCCAUCACCUGGAAAAUCGCCUCGCCACGUUCCAGUUCUGCUGUGGAGGAGGUUUGAUUUGCGAUGUCUCGGCAGCGUCUUUUCCUUUAAUAAAGCAUCUGCAAACGCU